AUGUCAGAUCCGUUUGCACAUUUAUUGACUUCAUUGAAGAAUAAAGACUCUGCGUCUGUAUCCAAGGAAACAACUCCUCAGAGCAGCAAUUCCCCUUCCAUUUCUGCUUCUUCUGCUCUUGCGGGCCUUGCAAAGACGGAUAAAAGCAUCAAUGAUACUGUGAAUUCAAUUUCAGCCUCCCCGCUGAUACUGUCAUCGAAACUAGAUUUCUCCGGACCUCCUUUAGUCCCAAGUAACAGUACCCCCAAUUCCAAUACUGCCGACAACACACCUCCCUCGGCUCUUGUCAAUAUCGAUGAUGACUUCAACCAGCUAUUUGGUACCGAUACAAUAGCUGCAGCCAAUACGAUUCAACAAGUGGAUCAGGAUUAUUAUGGAAGCAAGCAGGACCUUCAUAAUAAUGUUGAUGACGCUUUAGUUGAUGAAGUUAAGGAUAUGGAAAUUGCUAAAUUGAUGUCGCUAGGUUUAUCAAUUGAAAAGGCCAACGAGUUUUACGACAAUGACAUAACGUAUGAAAGGUACGUAGAAAAUUUAAAGUCAAAUCAAAAGAAGCGCAAGGACCGAAUUGUAAGAGAGAAACGAAAUGGUACAAGAAUCGAAAAGUCAGGAUUAUCCAACAAUGCUGACCCAGAUAACAAUACUUUGUUCAGCAUGGCCACUAAUUUUUUUAAUAAGGGUAAGGAGCUGGUAGAUCAAUGGACCUCUUUCCCACCUGAGGCAAAUGAUAGACUAAAUAGUUAUUUAAACACUCAUGAAAAGUCUGAGGACUACCACUUGCCCCCGGUAAACGACCCAUCUAAUGGGCCUUUACUUGAAGAUAAUAAAGUUGAGCAAAAAUUGCCUCCUAGUAAUAAUCUGGAUGAAGAUCUUUUAACCGAUUUUGAAAAGAUUGAUAUAACAAAGGGGACAGUAACUGAUGUUACCCAUUCCCCCUCACCAUCUCCAGAUAUACUAAUUGAAGAAAAUCCGCGGAGAAAUGAGCCUCUGGUAGAGCAUAGUCUUCUCGAUUUUUCAGAAGAAAACCCCAUCAAUAGUAAAAGGAAUGAAGGUAGCACUCUUUUUAACGGAAGCAGCAACGCCGAUUUCACAAUACCAAUCUCAGAUAUUGAAUUAUCAGGGUAUAAUGAAUUUAAGGCAAAGGGUACUAGUUUGUUUAAGAAUGGUGAUUAUGUAAACUCAUUACAAGAAUACGAAAAGUCUUUAAAUUCAUUACCUUUGAAUCAUCCAUUGAGGAUCAUUGCAUUAUCUAACAUUAUUGCUUCGCAACUGAAAAUUGGUGAGUAUUCUAAGUCCAUAGAAAACUCUAACAUGGCUUUGGAAUUGUUUCCACCAAGCAAAGCCACUUGGAAUAACAAAAUCUCAAAGAGUGAUCCUGAGAGAUCAUUUAACGACAUCUGGCCAAAGAUUAUGAUCAGACGUGCUGAAUCUUUUGAACAUUUAGAAAGUUUCAAAAAUGCAUUGGAAACAUAUCAAGAACUGAUUAACAAGAAUUUUUUUGAUGAUAGAAUCAUGCAGGGAAAGAGAAGAUGUCAGAAUUUCAUGAAUCCUCCCCCUGUUAGGAAAUCUAACCCUGUUGAGAAGACAUCGACAACCUUGCCACCCACAAGGAGGCCAACCUCAACCCCUUCUCCUGCCCUUUCCCCAAUAACCAUUGAUAGCACUUCGGAAAUAAAGAAGUUGGAGCUAGAAAACGCUAAACUGGCACUAUAUGACAAAGUUUUUGAGAGGGUUAGUUCUUGGAAGGAUGGCAAAGAUGAUGACAUUCGCCACCUGUUGACUAAUUUAUCUGGCCUACUAACAUGGUGCAAUUGGAAAGACGUCCCUGUGCAAGACUUGGUUAUGCCUAAGAGGGUCAAAAUUACAUACAUGAAAGCUGUAGCCAAGACGCACCCCGAUAAGAUACCAGAAUCGUUGUCCCUGGAAAAUAAGAUGAUUGCAGAAAACGUUUUCAGUACGUUAAGUAUUGCUUGGGACAAGUUUAAGCAGCAGAAUGAUAUUAACUGA